AUGACCAACCUUAAAAUGCAGUGUACCGUCACGUGGUCCAUCGAGUGCACUUGCAGCGGAAACGAAGCAAGGCAGUUCUACGAACAUGUGACCAGAGAUGUCAAAGUAGAAGAAGGGACGUUCAGAACACAAUGUGGACGACGGCACCACAGAAGACCCACGGGUUCCAGCAGGAGAAGCAGGGCUGCAGACACCCCAAGAAGAGAGGUUGCUCAAGGGCACAUCAUCAGCAACACAGCCCGGUCCUCUGAGCUUCAGGGUCUCAAGCUGCUACGUUGUGCCCAAGAAGGCGACCUUGGUGCGGUCAGAGACCUGCUGUCCAAAGGGGUGGACAUCAACUUCCAGGAUACUUUUUUCUGGACAGGCUUGAUGUGUGCAAGCUGGUCAGGACAAAGAGCUGUGGUGAGGCUGCUGCUGGAGCAAGGAGCUGCGUGGGUGGGCGUAGUCGACACUCGGGGUCGGGAUGCCCGAGAUCUGGCCUUUGAGGCGGGUCACAGAGGCGUGUUGGAAGAGCUGGACAACUACGGGAGAAGUCCUUCUCCACCCAGACAAAACAGUGCUCUGCAGCCUCAGUGGUGCAAUGAAUGUCACUCCAGUUACACCGGCAGCCCGUCCUCCCAUUUCUCCUCCACGCUGCAUCAAUUCAGUCAGCAGCGGCCCCCACCCGCACCCUAUUUCUGCCUCCCCGCCUCCUCCAACAGCUACAAGAUGAUGCUCAGAAGCGGCUGGCAGCCCGGCAGGGGGCUCGGCCCGGAGGGCGAGGGGCCCAAACUGCCAGUGGCGACCGUCCUGAAGAGAGACCACAAAGGCCUCGGUUACGGGAAGACGAAAAGACCCCGAGUUACUCACUUCAAAGCCGGGGACCGGGACGCGGUGAAAGGACACCGUGCAGAGAAAGCGGUGAAGGGAAGGAGAGGGAAGACGAAAGAGGAAAGUCGGAUAAAUGAACUAAAGGACAAGAACUGGGAAAGAGAUUUCCGUGCUUCUUUUUAUCUCUGAUGUUUGUAGUUUUCCUGCACUGCAAAAACUGAAAUCUAAGUAAGAUUAAAUAUCUCAAAUAAGGGUGA